AUUUGAACUGCUUAGCUGUGCUUGCUGUAUUGAUUUUGCCAUCGCGUUGUUCGUUUUUGUUCUAAAGUCCCGAUGCGACUCAGCCCUGGCCCAAGCUGGACCGUCCUCUCAGAGCCUCCAAACACAUCCCCUGCACCAACACCAUCAUCUGACCCUGCCAGUGAUCUCGCUGACGACGAAGAGGAUAACUUGCACACACCCCCAGGGAAGAGGAAGGCUAUUGAGAGCCCUGUCUCUGUUCAGAGGCCUCGGAAGGUUGCCCGUUUCGAUGAUGAUGAUCAGCCCGAGAAAUCCGCUCAGGUAUCACAGUCUGACGAAAGAACGAACGGUGCUGCUUUUAGUAGUCUAACACAACCUCCUAAAAUCGCCAAAAUAUCCCGUUCUUUUCUAUCCCAACCUACGCGGGCAUCGCCCGUGCGUCCUGAGACAGCCAAGGACCGCGCGUCAAGCGGGCGGUCAAGCUCAUCGCUGAGUGAUCAUAUAUCAACCAUAAUCCAGAAGCAGAAUGCGCGGCUCAAACGCGUAGAAACGGCUCGCAAAACGGCUCGCAAGACUACAGGAAGUCUCAGGGUAUCCACUUCAGAUCUGAUUCGUGCUGUUCAGAAGCCCAGCAGCGGUUCUGAACCUUCUUCCGCUGCUACUCGCGUGCGAAGAGUUUCCGUUAGAAAGUUUCCGCGCGGUCGUCCGCCUCCCAGUAAAGACGUCAUUGAGCUCACUGAUUCUUCGGGUUCUACUAGACGAAGAAGGGUCCGCGACAAUCCCAUUGUUAUUUCGAGCUCAGAUGCAGACACUCCACCGAGGCAGACCCAACUUUCACAAACGCCAAAUUCCCGCAAAACAUGCCCUAAACGUGCACCUCCUCCUGACGCUGAAGUUAUUUGCAUAUCGGACAGUGAUAACGACAAUGUCCCUGCUCCCCCACCAGCCACCGUUGUCCUUCCCAUUGAGGAGCCCAGUCUUCCUUUGCCUUCGCCGCCUCCGAUAGUCCCGGAAUCAGAAAAUGAACCAAUGCUCGAUUUCGAACUUCAGGCUCCAGAAGACUCGUUCUAUGAACCGAUGGAGCCCGAAUCCAACUUCGACGAAGAAUUGGCAAGAUCAGAACUGCAGCGUCAAACAGAGGAGUUGUUUUCGUACAUUGAUUUGGACCCCCCAGAACAAGAUAACGUUGACCAAAUUGCUAGUCUGAUUGCCCAGAAUGGCUAUAAUGCUGCUCAGGACCCAGCACCUCGCAUGCCCACUGAUUCCACCCCUCCAUCCUCAGAGCAAGCAACCGAGACUUCCCUGAAUGACAUUGUUCCAGUCGAGAUAACUUCUCAACUCAAUGCAGCCGAUACUCCUCAUUUAGAGUUAUCAUCACCCUCCAACACUUCAACGGUUGCUCCAGAAGUUCCGUCCGAGACAUAUGCCACUGCGGCCACCAUCACUAAACCCUCGAUAACAUGGAAAUAUACCCCUCCCAGCACCAACCCGUUCUUUGCUAGGGCGCUUGCUUUCAAUGCAAAGGCGUUGAAAAAACCUCUGCCAUUGGUUACACGGAUAUCUAGUGAACCGACCGCAUCCGCUUCUCCCGCUGCUCCAGUUGCUGCACCAGCUGCUGUCGGAUUGUCCACAACAAGCGUCCCGCUCAAACCAUCGGUGGACGAGCAGGUCUCUGGCGCAUCCGCGGCGAGCAGCAAUCCAUCACCCUCAUUUGUUCGCUCACCGCCUCAUGACGAUGAUAGGAGUGUUUCGCCAAGUCCUGCAGAUAAGGUCCCUAUCUCCACGUCGGACAUGCUAACACCCCCACCGACGGCGCUUCCCUCCUCCGUCCCCCUCCCCGUCCCACCACGCGUGCAGAGGCCCGUUAAGCUCUCGCUUACCGAGUUAAUCAACAAGAGACGAGAGGAGCACUUCAGGCCGUUUCCUUUUAGCGACUAUAUCGACCUCACUGACAAUGUAUCAUCUUCGAGCGGUGGUAGUCAAGCGCCCAAUGCAUCUAUGUCAAACCCUCCGGAAUCUGCGCAAUCCCCACAUAUGACAUCCAGCAAUGCGUCUUCAUCACCUGCCCCAGUUUCUACCAGCCAGCCAGCGCCGACUGUUCAGACUCGUACGCCGAGCAUACAGGAAAUCCGCGAUCUAAUGCGUCAGCGUCCAUCCAGCAGUAAACUCAGCAUCUCUUCAGCAGCCAGCAACCCAAGCACAUCGUCUGCCGCAUCCGCCAGCAGCGCCCUCGUUCCCAACACCUCUCCCCCUCGUUCCAUCACAUCCAAUUCAACAUCAUCCAGCAACCAAAGCGGCUCGAAAUCCAGUUCGCGCAGGAAGAACCGCUCGAUGGGCAUGGCGAGCAUUGAGAUGUUCAUUUCGCCCAUUUCAGACGCGUCGCAGCCUACACCGACGAAGAAGGCGACGCCACAGAGCAUGAAGAGAACCUCGUGUAAUGCGGAUGUGUUUAGGCGCAUUAUUACGCCUGCAUCGGAGAUGCCGGUGCGCGGUCACUCGUUGUCUCCUUCUGAGGGUCGGAGAACCAGGCGUGUUGUUCGGCCACCAAGUACGCAGGGUUCCGUUGCUGAUGCUGGUGCCGAUGAUAUUGCUGCUUGGGUUGAGAUGCCCUCGCCUUCUGCGCAACUUCGUGAUCAGCAUCGUACACCACCUGAACCACUCCAGGAGUUCGGAGUUACGUCGCCCAUAUCACCGUUUGCUAUUCCUGUGGAGGAAGAGGCAGAAGUCCAGACAACGACAACGGGAGCUGAAUCACGACACGCUCACGAGGACGCCUCUCCCCUAGAUGAUGUGAUAAACGACAUGGUUCGAUCGGAAGGCUUGCAAGGUGUCACCGAGAGCAUUGGAUCGCUAGAUUUGCAUGAAUACAGACGAUCCCCCGAAGUAGAGAUCAAUGUCGAUCAGGUGGGCGUUUCACCUUUGGAGAAUAUAUGUGAAGUCGGGUACCUUGAAGACGUCCCGGUGUCCGCCGAAUUGAUGGAACACGAGGCGUUGGAGUCACUGGAGAUGAUGGCAGAUGACGUUUCGGCUGGGAGCGUAGAGCAAUCUCCGGUUUCUGUUGAAGAGCUCCGCGAUGUCGACGAAGAGCACGGUGCUUCGGAUAUGAGAAGAACACGGACAUUGGCAGAGCCCGCGAGGGCAAGGUCUGUGUCGAUGGGUGUGUCGGGAGAUAGCGACCAAGAUUGCUUUGCGGUGCAAAUGCAAUUGGAGGCUUCAGAUGGAGAGGUUCGUUCGUGGCGGAUCGUCUACGUGCAGCCGGACGAUAUCUUCGCAGACUUCUCCAAGACGGCUUUCCCGGUCUCCCGUGUCUGCUGGUUCGUUGGGCGUUGUUGGUCCGGUAGAUGGAGAUGAUGCUGCGUCCGUAAAGCAGCUCGAAGACGGGGUCGAAUAUUAUAUGGGUGAAUAUCCUGUCGUGACGUGGAAUUCGUAUUCGCAU